AUGUCGUAGUAAUAAGCUAAUCAGCAGCAAUAACAGCAGGCAGCCAAGCCAUUCACUCUCGUAUUCUAUUAUGUACCAGAGGAUAAGGAUGAUCUUGCAGUACCUAAUGCUUAUGCUAUUCCUAAGAAUGUCACAGAUAUUACCUUAGCUGACAUUGAAAAGCACUUUCCUCUUGAGGGAGAUUUCCAUUUCAGAUUCAAGUAUAAGUACAACAACUAAAGCGUAUGGCUUGACUUGAACAAUAAAUAAUGCAAAGUACCAAAGGUUGAAAACAAAAUAAUAAUGAAAGUAUCCAGAAAGACAGCCAAGAAUCGUAAUUACAAAAAUGAUUGA